AUGACAAAAAGUGAACGUACCGAAGAGCAACGAGGCUGGCGCUUAAACACACAAAUUGAUUUUGAGUUUUUAGUCGUUGAUUUAACUCGCAAGAACUGGAAAAAGUCAAUAUUCUUAAUGUCAUCUAAAUUUUAAUCCAUUUGUUUGUUCGUUUGUUUAUUUGUUUAUUUUUUUUUCAAAUUAACUUUUUUACAAUUAACCAUAACUGAAGGUAAUCCCUACAGCGUUUAUUACUUUAUUUACAAGGUCCAUGAGAUUUUUCUCGAGAUUUAUUAUAACCAGAUUAUACUUCCAAGUCUCCGAAGAAACCGAUUUUUAAAAUGUUCCUGAAAAACGAAUAGGGUGUUCAAAAGGACCCUUGUCAGCGGUAGUUGCCAUGGAAAAUAGGCCUCAGUGGCAUAAUAUUGCGUCAACUGAUAACAUCCAAAUCGGCCAUGUUUAUGGGACCAUUUUUUGUGCCGAGCACUUCUUCAAUAAUAUAACUUGAGCUCACUCAUUUUAUCCUGCAUGCAUGAUGCCCAAUGCUCAGUUUUAAAAGUUUUUAUUUACAGUUCACAAGUAUAUUUAUUUAUAGAUGCAAGAGAUGACGCUCAAUUGGAGAAACGUUACUCAACUGGUAUAUAACUUAUCAUUCAUUUUUAUAGAUAAUCAAUCUUCAUCUAUUGUUUAUACGUACCUAUGCAUGCUGUAGUAUACAUUAUACUGCAAAAUCAGGCUUGAUGAUAAAUAUAUAUAUGUAUAUAUAGAGAGAGAGUUUUUCGUUCACUUCGUUCAAUAAGGUUCUUUUCCUUGCGAAGCAAGCGUUUGAUGCUUACCCACUCUCCCUAAUUGUUUUAGCCUUGCUUAAAUCGCCGGUUUGUCAAAUGAGUUUUAUGUUCCUUUCGUGAGCGCUAAAUUAUUUGAGUUUCUUCCAUCCUGGUCACGCCAUCAAUAAUGCCGUAAAAGACGAGUACCAGUUUCGUUUUGGUUAGAUAUAUGUUGAUGAAAUAUUACAAAACUUUAUGUUUAGUAAGUUAAAAUAUAAACUAUUAAUAUAAGCUUCUAAAUGUGCGCCAAAAGACAGUCAUGUGACUGAAGCACAGCUAAUCCAAACUAAAUGCCUAGUAAAUAUCAAUGUUCUAAUGUAUGGUUCAUUUUAAUAUUAUUCAACAGUAUUCAAUAUCUACAAUUUGAAAUAUUUCUUUUCACAGUGUGUAUUAAUAACUGCCGUUCUGCCUGCCGAACAAUUGGCACAUUUGAAGCAUUCUGUAAUCAAAUUUGCCCGAAUGUU